CACGGGAAUGUUGGAAAAGAGCAGAAUAAACCCAAUUAUGAUUUAAAAAUAAUAAACCAUGGGGUUCUAUUGUAUGGCCAGUACAAAAGGGGUAAUUAAUGUUUAGUAUGAAGUAGAGCAGAAAACAAUUUGCAAUUAGUCUUGUUUGAAUGAUUCAGAUGGGUGUUUGGCUUCUCUCUGGUUUGGAACAUGUGCUCUUAUCUGGUUACAGGGGAUUCAGCUCCCUAGCAACCACGAGACGUGCAGGAGAGUCACAUGAUGACAUGCACCAAUUAGAUCGUUCCUAUCAAACAGCAGGUUGGUCGCUAUUGGUCUCCUGACGUGACACAAAGGUUUCAGCUUCAGUUGGUGAUGAAGUCCAGUGACAGGCCGAGCCGCUGCUCAAUAUUCAGCCCAGAACUAAGGAACAGGCUGGUGUCUGAGGAGACAGAAGCUGCUGCGGCGGCGGCGCUGACCAGCGCAAAUACGAUUCCCGUAACACCUUCUACCGCAAUCUCUCAACUCUCCUACUAAACCCGUAUAAAUGCUCGCGCCGCUUCUCCCUUUGUUUGUGGGCGUCACCCUCACGGCGCACCACGUGAAGAUAGCCACGCCCUGCUACACUAACCACUCCCCCUCACUUCUACCCUGCGCUUCCUAUGGCUGCAAACUUAUUUACAUCCACUCAGCUCCGCCCCUCUCCUCCUGAAUCUCCACCGUCCUGUCAGUUGCUCCGCCCCAAGUUGGAAGCGGCUCUACUGCACCGGAUGAGGAACUUCCGCGCUCCCGUAGCCUGCCGGGAAGAUGGCUGCGCCCUUGUUUCCUCUCUAGGGCAAAUCCUGGAGGCCUGAUGACAUCCCUGAAUUUCCAGGAGUCCAGUUCUGGGCUGCAUUAAAGAGCCUCCUAUCCAAUCACGGCCUUUAACAACAUGGAUUCUCUGGGCGAGACAAUUAAGAGCGAGUCGACAUCACAUUCUGACGAUGACCAUGAAAUAUUAACGAUAAAGAUAGAGGAGGAGGACCCCGACUAUGAAGAGCAACUUGAUGCAACGGACGGCUCGGAGGCUGCAACGACCGACGGGCAAAUAAAAGUGGAGAAUGAAGGUUCAGAGACAGAGGAUCAUGUGACAGACACAGAGAGUGACUCCAGAACAGAGAUAUUACAGAUAAAGAUUGAGGAGGAGGAUCUGGAAGAUGAAGGUGAUCUGAAUGCAAUGAAUGAGGAGCAGCACAAAGCACGGACUCAAUCCGGUAACUCUGCCAGUAGGAAGCCAUCUUGUUUGGCCUGUGUGAAAUGUGGCAAACGCUUUUGUGCCCUGAACGAAUUCAACAGUCACCCCUGCGCUUGGCGUAGAAGGAAGAGUGCGAGCAGCAGUCACACGCACACACACCAAGAGGCACAAUCACUCGUCUGUGAUCAAUGUGAGUUGCACUUCAGCAAUGAACAUCGCUUCCACAUGCACCAGUUUUUCCAUGCUGGGGACGAGUCGUUCCCUGGGACAGAAAAUGGGAAAAAUCAUCUGUUUCUCGCUGGAGAGAAACCAUUCACCUGCAUGGAGUGUGGCAAGUGCUUUUCGCACAAGAGCAGCCUCUACAAACACCAAAAAGUGCACACGGGGGAACGUUUCUCAUGUAUGGAGUGUAUGAAAAGCUUUGCCAUAAAGAGCGAGCUCCUCCGCCACCACAAGGUCCACACGGGGGAGAAACCAUUUAUAUGCACAGAAUGCGGCAAAGGGUUUUUACAAAAGAACCAGCUGCUCAGACACCACAAGUCUCACACGGGGGAAAGGCCGUUCAUGUGCGCACACUGUGGGAAAUGCUUUACAUUCAAGAGUACGCUGCAAUGCCACCUGAAGGUGCACACCGGGGAGAAACCAUUCACCUGCACAGAAUGCGGCAAGAGGUUUGCACAGAAGCACGACCUCUACACCCACCAAGCAAUUCACACGGAGGAGAAACCAUUCACAUGCGGAGAAUGCGGGAAACAUUUCACCCUAAAGAACCAACUGCGCCGGCACCUGAAGGUUCACACCGGGGUCAAACCAUUUACCUGCACUGAAUGCAACAAAACCUUCUCUCUCAAAAGCAAACUGCACCGGCACCAGAAAAUCCACACGGGGGAGAAACCCUUCAUGUGCUUGGAAUGUGGCAAAAGCUUCUCCCACAAGCACGACUACUUCAUCCACCAGAAAGUGCACACCGGGGAGAAACCCUUCACCUGCACAGAGUGCGGCAAAAGCUUCAGUCUAAAGAGCACCCUGCACCGGCACGAGAAUGUUCAUACGGGCGACAAACCUUAUUCAUGCGCAGAAUGCGGCAAAAGCUUCACCCUAAAGAGUUCCCUCAACCGGCACCUGAAACUGCACUCGGCAGGGGGCCAACCAGUGUCCUCUACACAAUGACACAAAGUGACUCAGUCCAUGUGAUACAUGAUUUGCACACAGUGUGUUUGUUACUGAAUUUACUAUAUGGGAAGGGAAACCCUACAAGGAACUAGGUUAUACAGCUAUAAUACACAAAAGCCAUGAAUAUCCUGUAAAUUAUAUCCUUAUAAACGGUGAGUUCUGAUGUCAUCAGUUAUAAA